AUAAAACCACAGAUGAAGAAGUGGGAGUUGCAACAUCGCUGUUUAUUGUUUACCGCGCUAAAUUUACUUUAAUAGAGUUAAUAGAGUUCUUCAAAGCCGCGGCAUGGCGGCCACCGUGGGUCCCCGUUUACCGAAAAACAACGAAGCUAACUAUAAACUGCAUUUCCGAAUGAUGAAUGAGCAACAAGUGGAUGACAUCACGCUUGACUUCUUCUACAAACCACACACCAUCACCCUGCUGACAGCUACUGUGCUCAGCCUCAUGUACUUUGCGUUCACCAGGGAUGAUGAAAACUCUGAUAACAAUCUCCGUGUUGCUUUGUUGGUGGUUGUUUCCUUCUUCUUGGUUAUCAGUGUGCUGGCCUUUCCUAAUGGACCCUUCACGAGACCACACCCUGCAAUAUGGCGAAUGGUGUUUGGUCUCAGUGUGCUCUACUUCCUGUUCCUCGUCUUCUUCAUCUUCCUUAACUUGGACCAAGUACAGACCCUCACGUACUGGUUGGACCCAAAUCUGCGUUAUGCUAAAAGAGAAGUGGAUGUCAUGGAAUAUGCUGUAAACUGCACCGUGAUAACAUGGGAGCGCAUCUUGAGCCAUUUCGACAUCUUUGCCUUCGGUCACUUUGCAGGUUGGACCAUGAAGGCUCUGCUGAUCCGCAGCUAUGGUUUGUGCUGGACCAUUAGCAUCACCUGGGAGCUCACUGAGCUCCUCUUCAUGCACCUCCUGCCAAACUUUGCAGAGUGCUGGUGGGAUCAGGUCAUUCUGGACAUACUGCUGUGUAACGGAGGAGGAAUCUGGCUGGGUAUGACACUCUGCCGUUUCCUGGAGAUGAGGACGUACCGCUGGGCCAGCAUCAA